CACGGUCUCAGUGUCUGCAUUUUGAUAUUACAUUCCAGUGUUGCAAAAUAGUUCAAAGCUUGGGACAGUCCAUUACUACCACUGGACAGAGACGACACGAAUUAUUUCCAGAUUCUACUUGAUUUCUAUGCCGUCAAGUUUGAAUCCUCCAGGUGUGCUGGGCGCAGAGGUCAUCGACUGGCUUGCUUCUAAGCUUUUCCACACGAACUUGGAGGACUCUGGUAGCCCAGAUAUGCAACUGCAGGAAAAGAACUCAGUCGACGAUAUCGCUCAAGAACUCCAGAGCCAUGCGCUCGACGACGAUUUUUCGGACCAUCUUAUUCCCUCAUAUGGCGACCUUGAUAUAACUAAUGCGACGACAGCAUCGUCUUCUGAAGUCUUUCCUUGUGGCGCAAAUGAGAGGACACCUACGCCCAUCCGGCAUCGCGACGCGUACACAGUUUUGUCAUCGUUUCUUGACAAUCUUACUUCAGUCCUCAAAUCUUCAAUUCCAUACUAUCCAAGAGGCGCAUUGGUAUGCUUCGAUAAUAAGCCGCAGCAGCGCCUUCGUGGCGUGAGUCAAAGUUUCCUGCAGUCAAAGCCUACGGUCUCGGAUUCAGAAGAGACAGACGCAGUCAAGGCCUGCCGAAGUCUGGCUUGCCUUAUACACACACGGACUGGUAUCGACCCAUCGCGUUCCAAAAAGUUCAUCAAGUUACCUGGAAGAUUAGGAGUCUACGAGAUUGUGGGGAGAAUAUCUUGCAUGUAUAAAGUCAUAAAAGUAAAACCGAAAGUCGCACGCAAACUGGAGUCGGAGAACCGCGAUUGGUGUACCACCGACCAGGCGGAUGUUGACUGGGUAUCUCUCACAUAUCGGGAUACCAAAGAACUCAGUACUAUGAACUUUUUCCCAUCACUGAUCAUAAAAGACUCGUGGUUGAAAAUGGAUGAAGCUGCUGAGGUAGGCCAAAGCAUGUUUCGGGGCGUUUCGUGUUUCUUCGGUGUACCGGAAAUGCUCGCAGCAUAUGAGGUUAAAGAUUGUCGUGGUGCUCCAGUUACCACGCGGCGUUUGCUCUCUAACCAUGUCACAUCGUCGGCUGUUUUUGGGAGAAGUUUCAAAGAGAGGGUUUUUCACAGGGAAAUCAUCAAGACCGAGGGAAAGGAUCUGCGCGAAGCGGGUACUGUCCAGAUCUUACUGAAAGCUAUAUUACACGCAAUGUUAGGACUCUACAACGUCUACCUAAACGGAUGGAUCCACCAAGACGUAAAUAUCAACAGUGUCCUGCUGAUGGUGAACCCAGAAGUGCGGCGUAAUGAUAAUUUGCUGUGUCUGACCCCUGAACGGAGGCAGAUGCUAGGAAAUUGUAUUGGAAUGCUCGUCGGUGAUAACCAAGGCAUCAAAGAGGAGACCUUCUUCGAUACUACGAGGGAAGUCUCGGACUCUGGAACACCUGGGACUUUACCCUUCAUGUCGAUUCGCCUUCUACAAGCCUUGGCACUUUCGACUCAAACGAUCACCACUGCUAUCGAUGACCUCGAGUCGUUCAUUUGGGUCCUUUGCUGGGCCGUCGUCGAUGUUUGCCUCGGACAUCGGAAGUUAAACAUUUCUGAGGAACUCCUCGGUUUGUAUUUGCAUGGGAGGGACAACUUCGCCAUGAUGGCCGAAGACAAGAGAACAUAUACUAGCCACCUGUAUGGGACCAUGCUACCUCUCGGGCCAUCAUUUUCUUCCAUAACGCCACUAGUCGAAAAAUGGUGUGCCAUAGCUACGAAAUAUCGCAGGAAGGUUACAUUCCUGUUAACUGGAAGCGACUUCUCUUCAGACAUUCAGCGAUCCUUGAAUGUGCUCAGCAAAGAGGCAUUUGGGGAGUACUUGGAUGAAGGUUUCAGAGCAUUGGACGAAUUAGAAUGCACAGUGAUCGAUUGCUACCGUCUGCAAUGUAAAGAAAUCGAGGAGUAUUUUAGCCCAAUAGGGCGCUAACUGCCUGCCGCUUGUUCCAAGUAGCAACGAAGUUGUACUGUCUAACAUUGUUUUCUCUCUGCGGUACAAGCAGCACCCAGGAGACGUUUUACAAGGUCGGGCAACCACACUUGCCCGAGAAGCGAACCAUUGCUGCACCUACUUCACUUCAGUCAAUCUUAC